AUGUAUCCAGUUUUGUGUUCUCACUUCACUUGUCAAGUUGCUAAGGUUGGAAUGCAGAGGUUUGUUGAUGCUUGGAACUUCCACAGGAUAAAAGGUUGGGAAUAUGUAUAUGUACUGACUUGUCUGAGUAUAACCUGAUUGUUCACAUCCUGAUUUAUAACUACUUCUGAUUAUUUGACCCAAAACUGAUUUCCCAUCUCUAUCAAUCAAUGUAAUUUAACCUCCUGAUAUAGUGAACCGAUAAUAUGUUACUCAAAAAGGGGCAGGAAGUAGGUUGCAUAUUGUGCAUGUAACAAAUUUAUGUGCCAGUCCUUUAACCUAAGGCACCUAAACCUUUAAAAAGAACCUUAGGAAACAGUUGUUACUAAUAGUUAUUAUAGUGCAAGGUUUUUGAUAAGAGGCCAGGACUCUGAAUGUAAAAUAGUCAUCAAGUGUUUCUUGUUUUCCAGGAAGGCCAGGAAAUGCAAUCCCAGCAGUAGUAUAGGAGGGAUGAAAUUAUUCCCUUUUUUGAGCAGGAAUCUCAUUAGCGUGAGCAGGAAUACAUUAACGCCGAUGACGUCAUAGGCUAUUGUCUUGAUCUCAUGAAUAAAAUGCGCAGGAAUCUCAUAAAGAUAAGGUCAUGUGCUAUUUUUAUCUUGUGGCGGUCAUGGUUGGUAUAACCAGUUUGACAGGUUUUAGUUAUUUUCGGAAGAUGAUGUCAUAUGUAUUCCGGGGUACUACGAUGUCAUAGUUGUUAACUCAAGUCCACGAGUUAUCGGAAAUAGAACGAAAAAUUUAGAAGUUAUUGUUGAUUUUCAAGGGCAGAUCGGGCAGAAAGGGCACCUUUUUAGCCUGUGUUUUUUCCCUGGGUGCGCGUGGAGAUCUCCCGUGUAAGUCGUGCGCGUCGAGUCAGGAAACAGGAAUCUCAUUAAGAUAAGGUCAUGUGCUAUUUUUAGUUGGUUUAGGAUUUCUAGUUACUUUAAGGUCGAUAAACGUCUUCGUUUUCGAUUGGUUAGUUAGAAAAUGAGAAACGUUUUUAUUGGUUAAUUCAUACUAUCUGAGGAGCAAAGUCAAACUUGUCUGUGACUUAAAAUCACGGAGGCGUAAUGUAAUUAUGCAAGUCCUAUUUCCUGCUGGUGUGAUUGUCCUAGUUCCGGUUCACUGACUUUUGGCGGGCAAAUCGUGCAUAUUAAUGAGGGCAAAGACAAACUAGCUCUUGUCCUAUUUGCUGCUGCUGUGAUUGUCCUAGUUCCCGUUCACUGAUUUUUGGCGGGCAAAUCGUGCAUAUUAAUGAGGGAAAAGGCAAAAUAGCCCUUUUUUUACACUGCAAACAAUGUUUUACUUACCCCUCUCCUUUUCACAAUUUUGUUAUUUUCCUUGCGCAAUUUUUUUAUUCCCAUUUUUCCCUCCUCCUCCUCUUCAUUUCUAUUGUUUUCCCUCCACCACCACCGCCACAUUUCUAUUGUUUUCCCUCCUAAAGGCUAAAAUCAGACCAUCACAUUUGAGUUUGGCCAUAUAGGCCUGAUUUUAGCCUUUUGGCCUUUUCGAGGAAAAACGAUAAAAAUGAGGAGGUGGAGGAGGUGGAGGAGGAGGAGGAGGAGGAGGAGGAGGAGGGAAAACAAUAAAAAUGAGGAGGAGGAGGAGGAGGAGGAGGGAAAACAAUAAAAAUGAGGAGCACAUGACCUUAUCUUAGUGAGAUUCCUGUUUCCUGACUCGACGUGCACGACUUACACGCGAGAUCUCCACGCGCGCCAAGGGAAAAAACACAGGCUUUCUGCCCGAUCUGCCCUUGAAAAUCAACAAUAACUUCUAAAUUUUUCGUUCUAUUUCCGAUAACUCGUGGACUUGAGUUAACAACUAUGACAUCAUAGUACCCCGGAAUACAUAUGACAUCAUCUUCCGAAAAUAACUAAAACCUGUCAAACUGGUUAUACCAACCAUGACCGCCACAAGAUAAAAAUAGCACAUGACCUUAUCUUUAUGAGAUUCCUGCGCAUUUUAUUCAUGAGAUCAAGACAAUAGCCUAUGACGUCAUCGGCGUUAAUGUAUUCCUGCUCACGCUAAUGAGAUUCCUGCUCAAAAAAGGGGAUAAUUUCAUCCCUCCUAUACUACUCCCAGCCAUAAAGAAAAAGGAGAUUAACUUCUUAGAACCCUAAUGAAGAGCAUGCCAUACAGAUGUUUAAAGCACAAGGGGGACAACUACAGCGGGAGUGGCAAGUUGGUUGUGACCCAUUAUCUGGAGACGAUAUUCGUCAGCAGCAGAUGAAACAUUUAUUUUCUGAAAGGCAUUGUUUUGAAGAUAUAUUUACUGCUGUUGUAAGUGGAGAUCCCUCGCCCUUUAAGAGGGGCUUAGAGUAUUUCAUAGGGCUUACAUAUUCUUCGUAA